AUGUACAACAACUACAACGACAACUCUUAUGGUGGUUCUUAUGGUGGUCAAGGGAAGGAACAACGUCAUGGCCAGAACUAUUCGAGUGGCGAGCUCUUCUCCUCUGCUAAGGUCUUGUCGGAAGCGGCACAAUCCGUUUACAACCAUGAACCUGGCAAGGUGAACAAGGCCAAGGUUGCUGUUGCCGCUUCCAAUAUUUUAGGUGCAACCGGUGUUGAUGAGAAUAAGGGCUUUGGCAUGUACGUUGACAAAGCCGCCGAUUAUCUCAACAAACAUGACUCUUCCUCUGGUGUUGCUACCAGAGGAAAAUCUAGUCAUUCUAGUGGCGGGUUUGGUGGAAGUGGUGGUUAUGGAAAUAAGAGUGGUGUUAAUGAUCGUUAUGGUGGCGGCUAUGGGAACAAUAAUGAGAGUGAGUAUGGGAGUGGACGUUCUGGUGGUGGUGGUUAUGGGAAUAAUAAUGUGAUUGGAUACGGAGGUGGACGUUCUGGUGGUGGUUAUGGUGUCGAUGACCGUUCUAAGAGUGGGUAUGGGCGUUAUGAUGGUGGGUAUGGUGAUGGAAGACGUUUGAGUGAUGGAUAUGGGGCAGAAAAUCUUUCUAGUGGUGGAUAUGGUUACGGUGGACGUAAGAGUAGCGAAUAUAGAGAUGGAAAUCGGUCUAGUGGUGGCUAUGGAGGGCGUUCCGGUGGUGGAUAUGGUAAUGAACGUUAUGGAAGUGGUUAUGGGAAUGAGUCUGAAGAACUUUAUGGAGGAGGGUAUGGUAGGGAUGGUCGAGAAAGUCGCCCCAACUAUGGAUACAACUACAAUAAUUAA